AUGACUACAUCUAAACCAAAGUCUGUCUUCAUCACAGGUGCAUCUGCUGGAAUUGGUUAUGCCUUAUCAAUUGAAUUUGCCAAAAGAGGUUAUAAAGUAUUUGCAGGGGCAAGAAAUGUCAAAAAAUUAGAAAAUUUAAAGCAAUAUGGUAUCACGAUUUAUGAAUUCGAUAUAACAAAAACAGAGUCAAUUUUUAAAGUGAAAGAUUUUAUUUCUAAAGAAACUGGUGGAGAAUUGGAUAUCUUAUAUAAUAAUGUUGGUAUAUCACCUAAUAAGAGUUCUAUUCUAGAUCAAGAUAUAAAAGAAUUACGUCAAACUUUCGAUGCCAAUUAUUUUGGUCAUAUUGAAGUUAUCCAAGCUUUCCAACAAUUAUUCUUAAAAUCAAGAGGUCUCAUUGCAUUCACUGAUUCUGUUAUUGAUUUGGUUCCAACUCCAUUCUUGGGUGGUUAUGCUGCUUCAAAAGCUGCGUUCCAUCAAUUAGGUGCUAAUUUAGCAUUAGAAGUCAAUUCAUUAGGUGUUAAAGUUGUUCAAGUCAGAACAGGAAAUGUUAGUUCAGAACUUGGUACCACAGAUCCUUGCAAAACUUCCAAAGAUUCAGUUUAUUACCUUAAUGAUGAUGUGGAUAUCUUGAAAGCAGAUUUUGGUACAGGUCAAGAUUCUAAAAUUUAUGCUAAAAAUGUUAUAAAUGAUAUUGAAAAAGUUUUUAAUUCCCAAAACACAUACCAUAAGAUCAUAUAUAGAGGUGAAAGUGCCAGUACUGCUUAUUGGAUGAAUUGGCUAGUACCAUUUUGGGCAUGGUCUUAUUUCAUUAUAAAAUUCUUGAAAAUUGAUGGUUUAUUUGCUAAAGUUAAGCAAAAAAUUGAGAAGCAAAAGACACCUUGA